AUGAAGAGUUUUCUGAUCCUUCUGGGUUUCGCUGCUCUGGCGGCCGCCGAUGUCAAGCAUCUGACGGAUCGCAAUCUGGAGCUCUUCAAGUACAAUCCCAGUGACGUGUACACCCUGCCCGAGGACAUCGAUGAGGACAAGCCGGCGGUGCACUUCAGCGGCGAUGUCAUGAAGGCCAAGACCGAGACCCUGCAGAACUACAAUUCGGGCAAGAAAUUCAAGCUGGAACUGAAGACCCAGAACGGCAUCGAAGUGAGCAGCGUGGGCAAACUGAAGGACGACAAGACCUUCGUGGUCAGCGGCUCCUACUCCUUCACCGGCGCCGAUGGCAAGCGGUACAGGACUCGUUACACCGCCGACGAGUUCGGCUACCAUCCCAUCACCGAGCUGGAUCUGGACAUCCCCGAACCCCAGCCUUUGGCUGCCGCCGGACAGCGCCAGACCGUGGACCCCAGCAGCCUGUUGGGCAACAAGAACCGCUUCCAGUUCCUGCAGCAGACCCUGGACUCCGAUCAAGGACCUCUGAGGGGCAGUGGCCAGAGCGGCGAUGACUACAGCUACACGUCUCCCUAUGGAAGUGCCUAUGGCAAUGGCUACGACUAUCAGCCACCUCAGGUGCCACUGGCGACGCCAUCUCGUCUGUAUUUGCCCACGGCAUAAGGCGGUUACAAUUUAGA